UGCAACUCGUCGUCUCUUUGGGUCUUGAGAGUGUCUUACGUAAACCCUAAGUUACUUGCAGGUUGAUUUCCUGAUUCACUCAACCACAGCUUUCACAUGUCUGAAAACAUGGAGCAGUCUCUGACUCCGUCGCUUCCAGAUGACGUCAUCAUUGACAUCGUAGCUCGUGUGCCCAGAAGCCAUUACCCGACUCUCUCCCUCGUUUCCAAGAGUUUCAGGAAACUCAUUGCCUCUCCUACGCUCUACAAGAGGCGAUCCUUCCUAGGCAUCACCCAACACCGCAUCUAUGCCGUCCUCCGCAACCCCCAAACUCGUGAUAAUUUCAGUUUCUACAUUCUCCACAGGAAACUCAAAUGCAGUAACCGCUUGGUCAUCGUCGGAUCACGUACACUUCAUCACAUGUCUUCCCGUGGAAGCUAUGUCUCGGUUGGUUCGAAGGUGUACGGGUUUAACGAUCGCGAUGCGCUCAGCAUUGACUGCACCUCUCACACGUCUCAGUCCAUCUCUAACAUUCCUCAGCUCAUGACUAAUAAAGUUGCUAAUGUCAUCGACAGGAAGGUUUACCUGAUUGGUGGUUCCUUUUUGCCGGAUGAAAGUGGGUCGCGGGAAGCGUGGAAGAAUGCAGUCGCGGUGUUUGACACAGAAACACAAUCAUGGGAGUGUAAGUUGGUAAAGGAAGACAUGCAUGUAGGUCUUGGUCCCUUUUGGUCUGAUUCUAUGGUGAUGGAGGGUAAAAUUUACCUGAAAGAUUACAGCAACAGAAACUUUUUUGUUUAUGAACCAGAGGAAAGGAAAUGGGAAUUGAUGGACGAGGUGUUGAAUUCUGAGGAAUGGGUGGGUGCGUGUGUGGUUGACGAUGUCUUGUACUAUCACGAUUGUUCCGGGAUGGAGUUGAAGGCGUAUGAUCCAAAGCAGAGGUGUUGGAGUGUUGUCAACGGUUUGAAAGAUUUUUUGGCCGUGGAGACUGCCCACUCAGUUUGGUCCCAUGCGGUGAGCUAUGGCGAGAAGAAGCUGGCUCUCUUCUUUCAUAAAAACCAUGACGGCAAAGAGGUCAUUUUCUGUGCAGAGAUUGCUUUGGAAAGGCGCCAAGGAGGAGAGAUUUGGGGUCAGAAGGAGUCGUGUGAUGUCGUGAUUGAGGAUGGGAUGUUUGACAUGGUCAAAUUUGUUUCUGUUACCGUCUGA